AUGGUCCCACCAUACGUGGUGCUGGUCACGGGGUCUUCUAAAGGCGUGGGCCGUGCGUUGGCAGAGGAGUUCCUGCGGGCGGGCGACAGCGUCGUCGUGUGUGCGCGGACAGGCGACCAGGUCGCGGAGGCGGUGCAGCAGCUGACCCGGGAGUUUGGGGAGGACCGCGUUGCGGGCACGGCCUGCAACGUGGCGAGAGCGGACCAGGUGAAGGACCUGGCGCGGUUCGCCCAGGACCGCUUCGGCCGCAUCGACCUCUGGAUCAACAAUGCGGGCACCAACGCGUACAAGUACGGCCCCCUGCUGGACAGCGAUGACGAGGACCUGGCCCAGAUCGUGGAGACCAACGUGCUGGGGGUGAUGCGCUGCUGCAAGGAGGUGGGAGGGGAGGGGAGGACGGGGGGGGUGCUGAUUUGA